UUGACCGGAAGUAGUGUUAGAUUAGCUCGCUUGCUAAUGGUUCAUGUUUGAGUUUCUAAUGGUGUUAUUUGGAUGUCGGAGUUGUUUGACAUCUGGCCGUAGUGUCCAGUUUGUAAGAAAUGCAGGGCGACUAUAAUUUACCCGAAAUUGGGUUUGUACAACAAAUUCUGAGUUUGAAUUUGGUCCCAAGGAAGAAUGCGACCUGUGAGAGAAACGACACGCGGGCUGGGUCUCAGGGCCUGUGCGGCUUCUCGGAGAUGUGGUACGGCGUGUUCCUGUGGGCUGGAGUGUCCUCGCUGGUGUUCCACCUUUUUGCAGCUUUACUGGCCCUCACCACUCUCCGGGGACACAAGAUGGCACGCUUCUUUCCCCUCGCCAUCAUGCUCAUGGCCAUUAUAGGUCCUCUGUUGGGAGGCGUGCUCACCAGUGCAGCCAUAGCAGGGGUCUAUAUGGCAGCAGGGAAGAAGAUGAUCUCGUUGGAGGCUUUUGUCUUUGGAGUCGGACAGUCUUUCUGCGUUCUCAUCAUCUCUUUCCUCAGAGUGUUGGCCACGCUGUAGCAAUGAGCCGCUGUGGACUUGCUUCACUUCCCCUGGAUGUUAUAUGCAAAAACACUGAGGCCUUAUUUUCCAUGUCUGCCCCCACAGCUCUUAUUUUCAUGCGCGCGCACACAGCGCACUGUUUUUUCCCCUUAAAGGUUUCAGGUGGAUAUUCUUUCCGCGUGAUCAGUGGACAGCUGACGGGCCGUUUUUAAAAUCGGAGCUGUCCUUCGUACACAUGUUCUAGGAAAACGUCUUGCGUGUGAGCUUGCUGUCCUGCAUAUUAUAAAGUAUGCAGUCGAACAUUACAGGUACAAGCUGAAAAUUUCUGCAAACAGAUCCUCAGAGCAACAUUGUUAGAAUGUUCUAAAUAAAAUCUUUAUUUAGAGGUGCACGUGGUCAUGAUCUCGCACCAUUCUGAUAACCUUCCCCUUUCUGACGUAGUGAUGCUCAACGCAGAUUAGGCUCAGGUUGAACUAGUUUGAAUCUGUCCACAGUGAAGUCCAUUCCAGUUUCAUGUUCUAAUUUUCUAAACAUUUACCUUCAGUUUACACUGAGCGAUCAUUUUUAUAAGCUAAAUGAUGUACUUUUUUUCUUCCCCCUCUCAAUCCCAAAUGCAUAGACCUUUUUUUUUUCUUUUUCAAAACCUACUUUGCAUAUAAAAUACUCAACAUGCCCUCUUGCAAGUUUUUUUUUUUUUGGUGGUUAAAAUUGUUAUGCACUUGCACUGGAAAAAAAUUCAGCCUAAUUUAUUUAACACAUGUAUUACUAUACUCCACGAAGCACUUUAUUCGGAACAUAUGUACACCUACUCAUUCAUGCAAUUAUCUAAUCAGUUAAUCGAGUGGCAUUAUGCAUAAAAUCAUGCAGAAACGACCCAGCAGCUUCAGGUAAUGUGAUCAGAAUGGGGAAGAAAUGUGAUCUUGGUGAUUUUUGUCCAUGGCAGCGAUGUUGGUAUCAGAAGGGCAGGUUUGAGUGUUUCAGAAACUGCUGAUCAUCUGGGGUUUUCACACACAACAGUCUCUAGAGUUUACAUAGAAUGGUGCGAAAAACAAAAAACAUUGUGUGUCGAGGGACUGCCGACUGAAAAGCCUUGUUGAUUAGGGAUCAGAGGAGAAUGAUCCGAAUGGUCUGAGCUGAAUGGAAAGUUCAACCCGAAUGGAAAGGGAGGGGGAAAAAAUGGUCGGUUCCCAUGAUGGCCUCAGAUUCUGGUUCUUGGUUGACAGGAGUGGACCCUGAUGUGGUCUUCUGCUGUUGUAGCUCAUUCAUUUCAAGGCUCGAUGUGUUGUGUGUUCUGGUGAAAAUCCCAGAUCAUCAGCGGUUCCUGAAAUAUUCAAACCAGCCCUUUUGAUGCCAGCAACCAUGAUAUGGUCACAGUCCCAGAAACCAUCUUCAUUCUGAUGUUUGAUGUGAACAUUAACUGAAGAUCUUGACCUGUAUCUGUAUGAUUUUAUGUGUUGUGCUGCUGCCACAUGACUGGCUGAAAAGAUAACUGCAUGAGUGUACAGUUGUUCCUGAUAAAGUGGACAGUGAGUGUACUAGUGCAUCUCAAAAAAUUAGAACAUUGUGUAAAAGUUCAAUAUUUUCCAUCAGUUAUUUAAGAAAGUGAAAAUGUUAUAUAUUAUAGACUCAUUACACACAAACUAAAAUGUUUCAAGCAUUUUUCUAUUUUAAUUUUAAUCAGUAUGGCAUACAGUACAAAAACAUAUUAAAAAAAACCAUCUCAAAAUAUUAGAAUAUUUCAUUUCGAGUUUGAGUAAAACAGUAUGAACACAGUGUAUCUCUCGGUCUAGUUCAGUACACACAACCACAAUCAUGGGGAAGACUGCUGACUUGAUAGUUGUCCAGAAGAUGAUCACUGAUGCCCUCCACAAGGAGGGUAAGCCACAAAAGGUCAUUGCUGAAAAGGGUGGCUGGAAAAGGUGCACAAGCAACAGGGAUGGCCGCAGUCUUGAGAGGAUUGUCAAGAAAAGUUGAUUCAAGAACUUGGGAGAGCUUCACAAGGAGUGGACUGAGGCUGGUGUCAGUGUAUCAAGAGCCAUCAUGAACAGACAUCUUCAAGAAAGGGGCUACAACUUUCGCAUUCCUAAUAUCAAGCUACUCCUGAGCCAGAGACAAUGUCAGAAGUGUCUUAUCUGGGCUAAGGAGAGAAAGAAAUGGACUGUUGCUCAGUGGUCCAAAGUCCUCUUUUCAGAUGAAAGUACAUUUUGCAUUUAAUUUGGAAAUCACGGUUCUAGAGUCUGGAGGAAGAGUGGAGAGGCACAGAAUCCAAGGUGUUUGAAGUCCAGUGUGAAGUUUCCACAGUCUGUGAUGAUUUGGGGUGCCAUGUCAUCUGCUGGUGUUGGUCCACUGUAUUUUAUCAAGUCCAAAGUCAACACAGCCAUCUACCAGGAGAUUUUAGAGCACUUCAUGCUUCCAUCUGCUGACGAGCUUUUUGGAGAUGCUGAUUUCCUUUUCCAGCAGGACUUAGCACCUAUCCACAGUGCCAAAACUACUACCAAAUGGUUUGCUGACCAUGAUAUUACUGUGUUUGAUUGGCCAGCCAACUUGCCUGACCUGAACCCCAUAGAGAAUCUAUGGGGUAUUGUCAAGAGGAAGAUGAGAAACACCUGACCCAAAAAUACAGAUACGCUGAAGGCCACUAUCAAAGCAACCUGGGCUUCAAUAACACCUCAGCAGUGCCACAGACUGAUCACCUCCAUGCCACACCGCACUGAUACAGUAAUUCAUGGUAAAGGAGCCCCUACCAAGUACUGAGUGUAUAAAUGAAUAUACUUUUCAGAAGUUGGAUAUUGCUGUAUUGUAAAUCUUUUUUUUUUGAUUGAUCUUAGGGAAUAUUCUAAUAAUUUGAGAUACUGGGUUUCUGAUUUUCAUGAGCUAUAAGCCAUAAUCAUCAAAAUUAAAACAAAAAAGGCUUUAAAUAUUUCACU